GGCGCUGCGCUCGGGACGCGGAGGAGGAGGAAGAGGAGGAGGAGGGCGGCUUCAGCGCUGGAAAUGCACUGCACUUUGAAUAUGGAAGCAGAGGCUACUGAUGGAUACAUGCCAUGUGACAACGAACUUUCGCCCGAAAGGGAGCACUCUAAUAUGGCAAUUGACCUCACCUCAAGCACACCCAAUGGGCAGCAUACCUCACCGAGUCACAUGACAAGCACAAAUUCCAUAAAGCUAGAGAUGCAAAGUGAUGACGAGGAUUCUGACAGGAAGCCCCUGAAGCGGGACGAUGGGCUCAGGGGUCACGAUGAAGGGAGCAGUUUGGAAGAACCUCUCUCUGAGAACCAUGAGAUGGUGGACAACAGGAAACUGCAGGAGCUGUCUGGCGAGGGAGGAAUCCGGCUUCCGAAUGGUAAACUGAAAUGUGACGUCUGUGGCAUGGUUUGCAUUGGUCCCAAUGUGCUUAUGGUACAUAAAAGGAGUCACACUGGUGAGCGUCCCUUUCACUGUAACCAAUGUGGAGCUUCCUUCACACAAAAAGGCAAUCUACUGAGGCACAUCAAAUUACACUCUGGGGAGAAACCAUUUAAAUGUCCCUUCUGUAGCUAUGCUUGCCGGAGAAGGGAUGCCCUCACAGGACACCUCAGGACACACUCUGUGGGUAAACCUCACAAAUGUAACUACUGUGGACGGAGUUACAAGCAGCGCAGCUCUUUGGAGGAGCACAAGGAACGCUGUCACAACUACCUUCAAAAUGUCAGUAUGGAAGCUGCAGGGCAGGUCAUGAGUCACCAUGUACCUACUAUGGAAGAUUGUAAGGAACAAGAACCUGGGAUGGACAACAAUGUAACUCUGGUGCCUUUUGAAAGACCUCCUGUUAUAGAGAAGCUGACGAGCAACAUGGGAAAGCGUAAAAGCUCCACCCCACAGAAGUUUGUGGGUGAGAAGCUCAUGAGAUUCUACCCAGAUAUCCAUUUUGAGACUAACUUACCCUACGAGAGAGAAGCUGAGCUGAUGCAGACCCAUAUGAUGGACCAAGCGAUCAACAAUGCCAUCUCUUACCUUGGAACAGAGGCGCUCCAUCCCUUGAUGCAGCACACACCAAGCACAAUGGCUGAUGUGGCACCAGUCAUAACCUCGGCUUAUGCUCCCGUCUAUAACCCUAACAGGAUAGAAAGGCCAAUGAGCAGAGAAACAGCGGACAGCAAUGAAAAUAAUAUGGAUGGCCCCAUCUCCCUCAUCAGACCAAAGAGUCGACCCCAGGAAAGAGAGGCUUCUCCUAGCAAUAGCUGCCUGGAUUCUAGUGACUCGGACAGCAGCCACGAAGACCACCAGUCCUACCAAGGAAACCCUGCCUUAAAUCUCAAAAGGAAGCAAAGCCCAGCAUACAUGAAGGAGGACUCCAAGGCUUUGGAUGUCACUAAAACAUCUAAGGGCUCUUUAAAGGAUAUUUACAAGGUCUUCAAUGGAGAAGGAGAACAGAUAAGGGCCUUCAAGUGUGAGCACUGUCGAGUUCUUUUCCUAGACCAUGUCAUGUACACCAUCCACAUGGGGUGUCAUGGCUACCGGGACCCAUUGGAAUGCAACAUUUGUGGCUACCGGAGUCAGGACCGCUAUGAGUUCUCAUCGCACAUUGUUCGAGGAGAACACACGUUCCAUUAGGCCUUCUCUUCCAAAGGGGACUCUGAAGUAGAAAAAAACAGCUGCACAUGAAGAAAUUCUGCACUUACAAUCCCACUUUGCUCAGAUGUUGACACACCAUUGUCUUUGUUGUCAUUUUUGUUGCUGUUUUUUUUUAAUUAUUGUUAUUUUCUUGUUAACCUUAUUUUGUCAACCCAACCUCACUUGGCACUCGUGGUGAGGAGGGAAGGAAGGAAAGGAAGGGACCACAGAGUAAUUCUGUUUUUUCGCUCUGAAAACCGGUGUUACCUUUUUAGUGGGAAUUAACAGGCAGUGCAUUGCUGUAACACAUUUUCUGUACAUUUUAUAAUCCCCAAGGUACUGCUGACCUCCACUCGGUGCUCUAACAUUUUAUUAAGCUGUCAGCUUUGGGCAGAUCAGUAAUUUCAGGCAAAUAAGUAAUACAUUUCAGAGAAAAGCCCUUUCUAAUAUGUAGAUUUGGGAGUACAGGAGGAGAAUUCUUAUUUUUCAAAGUUUUCCGGGGGUGGGGGGAGUUCAUACAGAGCUAACCCAUAUUCUAGCAACUUAAGAGCACAAACCAAUACUAAUGUUCAUUCUAUAGUUACUUCUUGAAGUGAAUUACUUUCCUGGGGUCUCUCCAUGUUAAUUUUUUCUGAAAUAUAACAGAAAGCUUUUAUGUGUAAUACUAAACGGUCAUAUCAUAGACACUUGAUUUUACAUAUGGUAUGACAUUCUGCAAGAUGUUUGAAAUCCUCUAAUCUUACCCUAACAUGCACUUUCAAAACAAAAGAACUGCUGGUAUGCUAUUAUGUCAUGAACAUUAAUUUACUGGCUUCUUAACAGACAGACACUCCAUUAGCCUUAACUAGUUGAGCCCUGCGUACAAAGAAAGAUACGUUCUGAUCUACCUGAUUCAGUGACCAACAAUCUGAUUCUAUACAUGUUUACUCAGGAGUAAGUUCUGCUGAGUUCAGCAAGAGUUUACUUCCCAGUAAGUGUGUUUAGGAAUGCAGUUUUAGAAGUACAUGUAUCAAAGUUUAUGUAACAGAUUUUGCUGUUUUAGAGCUUGCUUUAGAAUCUCAGAUAAUAUUCAUAACAAGUAGGUUUUAAAUUAUGAAAUACUUUUUGUAUUUGUUUUCUUGCAGUGUUGACCACUCGGCAACCAUUUAAAGUAAGGUAUAAAGUUAGGGGAACUACCAGGGUCUUUUCUCGGUGUGUUUUUGGGAUCCCCCCCCCCCAAUCAUUCUGGAUAUCUGACUUGGUUACAAAGGUUCAGUUAUACCAGGGCUGCUCUUCUGACUCAAUAGCUCUAGUUUACAUAUGCAGGGAUUUAAGGAAAGGCAGGGCUACUUCAUACGUGACACUGUUCCAGCCCAGGUUUAAGAGAAAAAACAUGUACAGUGUGGAAAGAAAAUUUCACAAAUUUCCUUUCCCCCCAUAUUUGAAACCUGAAGCAUACAAUAGCUUCCAAGUGUGUAUGCACGGGCAACUAAACAGACAUGUGUUUCAUGCCUAAUAGUAGAUGUGGGAGAAUGUCCUGUGUACCAUGUUGGAAAGCUCUUACGUGUGAAGUUGCCCUUCACCUCAC